ACCUAGUUUAAUAAAGCAUGGGCAAGAAAAGCAGAAUCGCGGUGGAUAAACCCUCCGUUGAUAAAAAAGACAGCUUUCAGCUGCAAGAUAUACUUGAUUUAGGCGGAGAUAAGGAUGACUUGGAGCUUCUUCAAGACGUUGAUGAUGAAGAUGAAGAGGAGGCUUUGGAUGGGAAUGAACACGAUUAUGAAUCAGAACCUGUGAGAAGGGAUGAGGUAAAAGCAUUAAUAGAGGAACUUGGUUUGAAGAAAUACAGAUUCAGAAGUGAAGAAGAUGGAAAUGGUAAAAAAGAAAAAAAGAAAAAACUUUUGGUCAUGCCUGGAUUUGAAGAGCAGAAAGAUGAAGGAAAACCUCCACCUGAAACACAGAAGAAGACUAAAAAUAAAUUUAAAGUCCAAGUAGCUGAAGUCAGUAGUACAACACUGAGCCAAUCAGAUGACACAGAAGUGAAGGACUAUAUUAAUUCAUACACACAAAGAAAGUAUUUAUUGGUUAAGCCUGGUGGAAAGUGGUUUGAUAAUCAGUUUGAAAAUGAUCCUGUUGAGUUUGAGGCAGCCUCCAAAGAAACGAUAAAAUGUUUGGAAGAGUUUGCAUCUAGGAUUCUCCAGGAUGAGGUUACCAUAUAUAAUAAACAAAAAGAUGUGAGGAAAGGUUCAGAUGCAAAAUGGAUGAAGACAGUAGUGUCCUCUGGAACAUUGGCCGACAAGAUGGCAGCACUGACCAUACAAAUUCAAGACAGUCCUGUUCAUACUCUCCCUAGCCUUGAUUUGCUGAUCAAUAUGGCAAAGAAGAAAGGCAAAAGAGAAUGCAUGCUGGCAGUAGAUACUUUGAGAGAACUGUUUAUCUCAGAUCUCCUCCCAGAUAGAAAACUGAAACCUUUUGAGCAGCAUCCCUUAAGCCAGCUUGCCUCCCUGACCAGUGGGAACAAGGAUGCGCGGGACAAGAGACUGGUCAUGUGGUACUUUGAGGCUCAGCUCAAGUCCAGAUAUGAGACAGUUGUCAAAGCCUUGGAGCACAUAGCACAUGACACCAUUCCAGUAACAAAAAAGAAAGCUCUUAGUACAGUAUUUGAACUGCUUGUAAACAAACCAGAGCAAGAAAAGGCCCUGUUGUGCUUACUUGUUAACAAGCUAGGGGAUCCUGACUAUAAGAUAGCAGCCAAAGGAGCACAUCUACUGUCUAGACUGGUUGACAGGCAUCCCAACAUGAAGACUGUGAUUGUUUUAGAAGUGGAGAGGCUUUUGUACAGACCCAAUAUAUCUGUCAAAGCUCAGUAUUAUGCUAUAUGUUUUCUGAACCAGCUGAGGUUGAACCAUGACCAGGCACAGCUGGCUGGAAGACUGAUUGGUGUCUACUUCUCAUUCUUCAAGGCAUUUGUUAAGAAAGGAGAAGUUGACAGUAAAAUGUUAAGUGCCUUGUUGACAGGAGUUAAUAGAGCAUACCCGUUUGCUAAAGUGGACAAGACAACCAUUGAGGAACAUGUGGGCACCUUGUACAAGAUAGUUCACAUUGUGAAGUUCAGUACAAGUAUCCAGGCAUUAAUGUUGCUGUAUCAAGUCAUGGAUUCCAGUGACAGUCUUUCGGACAGAUACUACAGUGCUCUCUACAGGAAAAUGGUGGAUCCAGAAUUGAAGACGUCCUCCAAGCAGACUCUGUUUCUCAAUCUGCUGUUCAAAAGCAUGAAGAAGGAUGUGUCUGAUAAAAGAGUUAAGGCUUUUGUAAAAAGACUGCUUCAAGUUUGUCUAUAUCAGACGCCACCAUUCAUCUGUGCUGCAUUAAUUAUACUCUCUGAGAUACUGAAGUUAAAACCACAGGCACUGCAGCUCAGCCACAUGGCAGAGGAAUUAGAUGAGGAUGAAGAGGAACAUUUUCAAGAUGUAAGGGAGGAAGGAGACGAAGGUCAGGAAACCAGUGACAAGACUAAUGAAGAGCCAAGUGAAAAUUCUAUCAGCAAACCAGUAAAGAGCUCUUGGGUCCAUAGGCAAAAUUUGGGAGUGAAGCAGGAGACUGUAGAUUAUGAUCCCCACCAUAGGAAUCCUCUGUACUGUAAAGCUGAUGCUGCCAGUGAGGUGGAACUGAAGCAGCUAGCACAGCACUAUCACCCCUCUGUGGCCUUGUUUGCACAGAAAGUGCUGCAAAGAGAAUUGGUGUCGUAUCCAGGGGAUCCUCUUCAGGAUUUUACUCUCAUCAGAUUUCUAGACAGAUUUGUGUUUAGAAAUCCCAAGAAGAAAACAACAGCUGAAGUGACCGGUGGUAUAAUGAACCGUAAGCAGCGGGGGUAUCAGCCCCAGGGUCUGAAGGCAGUACCAGUGAAUAGUGAGAAAUACUUGGAGAAGGGGGAGGAGGGUGUCCCAGUGGAUGAAAAAUUCUUUUAUAGGUAUUUUAGUGAAAAGGCAUCCAAAAAGAAGGAGGUAGAUGAUGAAGAUAGUGAUGCUGAAAGCGUCAGUGAUGAGGAGUUUGAUGACUUUUUAGAUUCUUAUGAGAAACAAUUUGACAUGGACCAAGAUGUAGAGUUUGACUUUGCAGGUGAGUUUGGAAAACAAACAAACAAGAAGAAAAAUUUAAAAUUGCACCAAACCAUUUUUUCUCCAGAUGAAGCUGCCAUAUCAAAAGCAACUGAUCGGAAACAAAAUAAACGACAUUCAGCAGAUGACUUUUUUAGCGGAAAGGGGUCAAAGAGAAAGAAAUCAGAAUUUGACACUUCUGGGCUGUUUGCUGCUGCUGAGGAAUUUGCCCAUCUUAUUGAUGAGAAUGCCAGCUCCAAGUUAGAUCUGAUUAGCACGGAGGCUAUGUCAAACAAAGAUAAUGCAGGUGUGAAGCAGUUGAAGUGGGAAGCAGACAGGGACCUCUGGGUGCAGGGUCGAGACUGGAGGACAAAGAAGAGACAACAAAGAGGUGCAAAACACAGAGGACAGUUUGCUGGAAAUAAACCCAAAAAACAACAGUUUAAGGGCAAAAAGAAGUCAAAGAGUAAAAGAUAA